AUGUUCUGCGACUACCUUCUCAAAACAGCACCGACAGAGUACUCAUUCAUUGGUUUCUACAAAUAUCGUAAAGACCAACCCGACUUUAGCUUUUCAUUCGCAAAAGACAAAACUGCCUUGGACAUCCUGUUGGAUAACGAGAUUGAAGGCAUCGCGUUCCUGGAACUAACCAAGGAAGAGCUCAUGGCAGAUGGCAUGAAAACGUGGACCUGCGAGUAUGAGCAUCCUCCGAAGAGGGCACGAACAACUGGACUGUUCAAGUUGCUCAAGGAUCCUGGACUUACA